UCAUCGCGUCUAGGAGGAGAGCAUCUCGUCGCGACAACCUAUCGAAGACAGUGCGAACGUACGUCAACAAGAAAGACACAGACAAUGGGCCAUCCCGAUGAAAAUGUCCAUCCGACAGCGACCGGCCGCGCGCUCGAGACAGUGAAGCAGCACGAGGCUCCGCAGGAUCUCGUCUUUUGGGCUGGCUGGUUCUGUCCGUUCGUCCAGCGUGUCUGGAUCGUGCUCGAGGAGCGCGGAAUACCGUACCAGUACAAGGAGGUCAACCCGUACAAGAAGGAGCAACACUUCCUUGACAUCAACCCGAAGGGGCUGGUGCCCGCAAUCGAGUACAAGGGUCGCGCGCUCUACGAGUCCCUCAUCAUCUGCGAGUUCCUCGAGGACGCCUACCCCUCGCACACGCCCCACCUCUUCCCGACCGACCCGUUCGACCGCGCGUACGUUCGGCUCUGGGUCGACCACGUCGCCAAGAACAUCGUGCCCGCAUUCCACCGCUUCCUCCAAGGGCAGACGCCCGAGGCACAGGCUGCUGGGCGCGAGGAGUACUACGCCGCACUGCGCAAGGUGAGCGAGAAGGCGAAGGGCCCGUACUUCCUGGGCGACGAGUUCAGCAUGGUCGAUGUCGUGCUCGCACCGUGGGUCCUCCGCGACUAUAUACUCGCGGAGCACCGUGGAUACUCGCGCGAGGCCGUCGGUGGGGGCUGGAAGGAGUACGCGGAGAAGCUUAUCACGAGGGAGAGCGUGUUGAAGACACAGAGUGACCUUGAGCACUACGAACCGAUAUAUGCGCGCUACUUGCGUGACGAGGCACAGAGUGAGGUCGCGAAAGCGACGAGGGCCGGACGGGGUCUUCCGUGAUGCCACAUCGAAACACUGGAACAGCUUGUACACUAGUUUCUGGAUGAUUUUGUACCACUACGCGAGUAUAUCUUGGGGCUUCUUCGUUCGCCGGAACCAGUCUCUGACCAAUGUGAACAUGUAUCCUCAACUCUUUGAGUACAAUAUUUCUCGUUUUUAUCCAGUCUAGUCAUUCGGAUUUAUACGAUCAUGUCUUCAGCCUUUUGU